CAGAGAGGCAGAGGGCAGGCGGAGGCACCAUCUCCCUCCCUUCUUCAUCACCCACAAGUCCUCUCCUCUGCGGUCUCCUCUCCUCUCCUGUCUAUUUUGUGCAAGAAACUUCCUUGGACAAAGAUGGGAGUGCAGAGUUACUACAGGUUAUUCUGCUGCGGGUGCGGCGCCAAUGCGGCGGCCGGCGACCGGGAAGGCGACGAGGACGGGGGUUUCGAGGCGUUCGACGACAAGGGGGCCGCCGAAGCCGGGCCGCGGGGGCUGUCGUGGGCGCAGGUGGAGGCGAUGACGGGCAGGUUCACCUCGGCCGUCGUCGGCGAGGGCGGGUUCAGCACCGUGUACCUCGCGCGCCUCUCCGGCGGCGCGCUGGCCGCCGUCAAGGUCCACCGCAGCAGCGAGCGCCUCCACCGCGUGUUCCGCCAGGAGCUCGACGCGCUCCGACGCGUCCGCCACCCGCACAUCGUCCGCCUCCUUGCCUUCUGCGACCAGCAAGAGGAAGGCGUGCUGGUGCUGGAGUUCGCGGCGAACGGGAACCUGCACGAGCGGCUCCACGGCGGGGGCAAGGCGGCGGGGACGAUGCCGUGGGCGCGGCGGGUGUCGGCGGCGCUGCAGGUGGCGCGGGCGCUCGAGUACCUGCACGACCGCUGCGAGCCGCAGGUGGUGCACGGCGACGUGAAGGCCUCCAACGUGCUCCUGGACGCGGCCAUGUCCGCCAAGCUGUGCGACUUCGGGUCGGCGCGGACGGGGUUCUCGGCCGCCGUGCGCCCGCGGCCGUCCGCGCGCACCGCCAUGCUCGGCUCCCCGGGGUACGUCGACCCGCACUACAUCCGCUCGGGCGUCGUCACCAAGAAGAGCGACGUGUACAGCUUCGGCGUCCUGCUCCUGGAGCUCCUCACGGGGAUGGAGGCCUUCUGCGCGGAGGAGGGCGGCCGCCUCCUCACCGCCGCCGUCGCGCCGCGGCUCAGGGCCGGCGACCCGCCCCGCGGGAUGGUCGACGAGAGGCUCGGCACCGCCUACGACGCCGCCGAGGCCGCCGCCGUGGCGGCGCUGGCCGCGGCCUGUGUCGGCGAGAACCCCAGCCUCCGGCCGUCCAUGGCCGACGUGGUGCGCACCCUGGAGCAGAGCGCGCAGGGAUCCAUCUCCGCCGUGGGGAUGGCAUCGGACGGUCACUGGAAGGUGUGAGUCACCAGUGGAAAGUCGUCGCCUCCGCCGACGCGCUCAGAUCUGGCUCCCCGAGUCGUUAACUUGCGGUGCUGAUGCGCAUGCGUCGCGCACGUGGCGCCCAUCCAUUGGUUGCGAGGAGAACAAAGCGUUGUUAGUAGGCGAGCAUAUCAAAAAGAAAUAGGGGAGAAAAGCGUGGUGAAAAAACGUUGAUUUCCAUAGCUAAAUUAGGGGAAGACUUGGGGAGAUAAAAAGGCAGAGCUAAGUUGUGUGCUGAUGGGGAUUUCCAUCAUAUUAUGCCAAAGCGGCAUCUACUUGAGAGAGACAAAAAAAAGAGAGAGAGAGAGAGGAUCUUUGCAGCGCACGAUUCCAAGAUUUUGUUGAUUCUUAUUAGUGGGUUCUUUUUUUUUGUAAAGUGCAUCGGGUGUUUCUUCCUUGCCGUUGUCUGUACCUAUAAUUUAGCUAGAUUUGGAUUUGUAUAGGAUUUGUUGAGGGCUUGGUUUGUGAACGCUGCGUGAAUGAACAAAAGAAAUCGCAUCUCGAAAAUGUGCCCUUCGCAGAACGGCACAGUCCUGGUUCAAAAACAAAUGGGCGUCCAUACGACUUUUAUUCCGCCGCCAGUGGUCGUGCUGAAAUAAUAAUUGGGUGUUUGCAUCAAAGCGUUUUGAACGC